GUUCCUGCUCGCCGCCGUGCCGCGCGCGCCGGCCGGCCGCUGGGCGCUCCGCGCUCCCAGCCGGGAGUUGUGCAAUCCUUUGUAGCACGCCAGAGAGUCCUCCUCCUUCGCUGUUGCCUCUCGCCCUCUCUCUCUCUCUCUCUCUUUUUUUUUCAAGCUGUGAGCUCAACCGAUGAGUCAGAGCAGUGCAAUCCUGACACUGCAUCGCAGGACUGGGGGUGACACGGAGGGAGGGAGAGCGAUCGCGAGGCAGACACCGCGGGCGCGGGGUGCGCCGAGGCUCCUGCGCCGCAAGCGAGGGGUGACAGCCCGUGCGUCCCGCCCGGGCCCUGCCAGCAAACUUCCCAGCCUUGGGAGGCGCGGGCUGGCGGAAGCCCUGCGAGCGCCGCGGGGAGGCGGAGGCGCCUGUUUGUUUUUAAAAUCCGGGAGUGCGUGCAGGCGGCCGGAGCCUGGGAGAGGACCGAAGGCGGCGGCCCGCGGCGGAAGGGGGACAGCCGAUGCUGGAGCUCGGGCAGGAGACGGGCUCCAGGGUCCCGUGGAACAUCAUGAACUGGGAAAAGUAGACAAGCCCAAGAGCCUCUCCACGAAGAGCAAGGAAGAGCCAACGGUUCUUUCUCCCUGUGUCUGACCUCAUCCCUGCUCUGCCCCCACUGGCUCCUGGACAAGAGCUGGGCUUCCAGCAGGACCUUCCCACAGGGGAUGGGCAACUGGUGAAGUAGGGCUCACCGCCAGGGCCCAGUUGGCCACACCAUGAACCUCCAGGCCCAGCCCAAGGCUCAGAACAAGCGGAAGCGUUGCCUCUUUGGGGAUCAGGAACCAGCUCCCAAGGAGCAGCCCGCACCCCUGCAGGCCCCACAGCAGCCCGCAGCUCCUCCACAGUCCACCAGAGUGAAGGAGGAGCCUUACUUUGGGCCCGAGGGUCCCGUAGGGGCCGCCCCCGUGUCCCAGCCCGUGGAGCUGCCCCCUCCCAACAGCCUGGCCCUGCUAAACUCCGUGGUGUACAGUUCCGAGCGGACCACGGCAGCCAUGUUGUCCCAGCAGGUGGGCUCCGUCAAGUGGCCCAACUCUGUGAUGGCUCCAGGCCGGGGCCCCGAGCGUGGAGGCGGUGGGGGUGUCAGUGACAGUGGCUGGCAGCAGCAGCCAGGCCAGCCCCCACCCCACACAACAUGGAACCGCCACAGCCUGCCCCUCUACAGUGGACCCAAGGGGAGCCCGCAUCCUGGCAUGGGGGUCUCUACCUACUACAACCACCCAGAGGCACUGAAGCGGGAGAAAGGAGGUGGGCCGCAGCUGGACCGCUACGGAAAUGCCGUGCGGCCAAUGAUGCCACAGAAAAUGCAGCUGGAUGUAGGGAGGCCCCAGACGCCUCUGAACUCUUUCCAUGUGGCCAAGAAGCCCGCCAACCAGACACUGCCCCUGCAGCCCUUCCAGCUGGCGUUUGGCCACCAGGUGAACCGGCAGGUCUUCCGGCAGGGCCCACCGCCCCCCAACCCCGUGGCGGCCUUCCCCCCACAGAAGCAGCAGCAGCAGCAGCAACAGGCCGCCCUUCCCCAGAUGCAGCUCUUUGAGAACUUCUAUCCCAUGCAGCAGCCACCCUCUCAGCAGCCCCAGGACUUUGGCUUGCAGCCGGCCGGGCCUCUGGGGCAGUCCCACCUGGCUCACCACAGCAUGGCGCCCUACCCCUUCCCCCCCAACCCUGACAUGAACCCGGAACUUCGCAAGGCCCUCCUGCAGGACUCAGCCCCACAGCCUGUGCUACCUCAGUCCCAGAUCGCCUUCCCCCGACGCUCUCGCCGCCUCUCUAAGGAGGGCGUCCUGCCUUCCGCCCCCCUGGAUGUGGCUGGCACCCAACCUGGACAGGAGCCCACCAGCAACCUGUUCCUACACCCCUGGCCCCCACAGCAGCCACCACCCGGCCCCUUGGGGCAGCCGCAUCCUGAAGCUCUGGGAUUCCCACUGGAGCUGAGGGAGUCGCAGGUGCUGUCUGAAGGGGAGAGACUGGCACCCAACGGUCGGGAGCGGGAGGCUCCCACAAUGGGCAACGAGGAGAGCAUGCGGGCAGUGGGCACUGGGGACUGUGGGCAGGUGCUACGGGGUGGGGUGAUCCAGAGCACUCGACGGAGGCGCCGGGCAUCCCAGGAAGCCAAUUUGCUGACCCUGGCCCAGAAGGCAGUGGAGCUGGCCUCACUGCAGAACGCAAAGGAUGCCAGUGUCUCUGAGGAGAAGCGGAAAAGUGUGUUAGCUUCAACUACCAAGUGUGGGGUGGAGUUUUCUGAACCUUCCUUAGCUGCCAAGCGAGCACGAGAGGAGAGCGGGAUGGUCCCCCUCAUCAUCCCGGUGUCUGUGCCUGUGCGGACUAUAGACCCAACUGAGGCAGCCCAAGCUGGAGGUGUUGAUGAGGAUGGGAAGGGUCCCGAACAGAACCCCGCUGAACACAAGCCGUCUGUCAUUGUUACCCGCAGGCGGUCCACUCGUAUUCCUGGGACUGAUGCCCCAGCUCAGGCUGAGGACAUGAAUGUCAAGUUGGAAGGGGAACCUUCAGUGCGGAAACCAAAGCAGCGGCCAAGGCCUGAGCCCCUGAUCAUCCCCACCAAGGCGGGCACUUUCAUUGCCCCUCCCGUCUACUCCAACAUCACCCCAUAUCAGAGCCACCUGCGCUCUCCUGUUCGCCUAGCUGAUCACCCCUCAGAGCGGAGCUUUGAACUACCCCCUUAUACACCGCCCCCCAUCCUCAGCCCUGUGCGGGAAGGCUCCGGUCUCUAUUUCAAUGCCAUCAUGUCAACCAGCAGCAUCCCAGCCCCUCCUCCCAUCACGCCAAAGAGUGCCCAUCGUACCCUGCUGCGGUCUAAUAGCGCUGAAGUCACCCCACCUGUCCUCUCGGUGAUGGGGGAGGCCACCCCAGUGAGCAUCGAGCCACGCAUCAACGUGGGCUCCCGGUUCCAAGCGGAAAUCCCAUUGAUGAGGGAUCGGGCACUGGCCGCUGCAGACCCCCACAAGGCUGACUUGGUGUGGCAGCCGUGGGAGAGCCUGGAGAGCAGCCGGGAGAAGCAGAGGCAAGUGGAAGAUCUGUUGACAGCUGCCUGCUCCAGUAUCUUCCCUGGAGCUGGCACCAACCAGGAGCUGGCCCUGCACUGUCUACAUGAGUCCAGGGGAGACAUCCUGGAAACGCUGAAUAAGCUGCUACUGAAGAAGCCCCUGAGGCCCCAUAACCACCCAUUGGCGACUUAUCACUACACAGGCUCUGACCAGUGGAAGAUGGCCGAGAGGAAGCUGUUCAACAAAGGCAUUGCCAUCUACAAGAAGGAUUUCUUCCUGGUGCAGAAGCUGAUCCAGACCAAGACUGUGGCGCAGUGUGUGGAGUUCUACUACACCUACAAGAAGCAGGUGAAAAUCGGCCGCAACGGGACGCUAACCUUCGGGGAUGUGGAUACAAGUGACGAGAAGUCAGCCCAGGAAGAGGUUGAAGUGGAUAUUAAGACUUCCCAGAAGUUCCCUAGGGUGCCUCCUCCCAGAAGAGAGUCUCCAAGUGAAGAGAGGCUGGAGCCCAAAAGGGAAGUAAAGGAGACCAGGAAGGAGGGGGAGGAGGAGGUGCCAGAGAUCCAGGAGAAGGGAGAGCAGGAGGAGGGGCGAGAGCGAAGCCGGAGGGCAGCGGCUGUCAAAGCCACACAGACACUACAGGCCAAUGAGUCGGCCAAUGACAUCCUCAUCCUCCGAAGCCAUGAAUCUAAUGCCCCUGGGUCUGCUGGUGGCCAAGCCUCAGAGAAACCAAGGGAGGGGGCAGGGAAGUCCCGGAGGGCACUGCCUUUUUCGGAGAAGAAGAAAAAACCAGAGACAUUUAACAAGACCCAGAACCAGGAGAACACUUUCCCUUGUAAGAAGUGUGGCAGGGUGUUCUACAAGGUGAAGAGCCGCAGCGCCCACAUGAAGAGCCACGCGGAACAGGAGAAGAAGGCCGCCGCGCUGAGGCAGAAGGAGAAGGAGGCGGCGGCCGCGGCGGCCACUGCGGCCGCCGCCUCCCCGCACCCGCCGGCCCUGCGCGAGGAGAGCAGCGCGGGGGAGCGGGGCUGAGCCCGGGUGCCGGGGCCGCCCCCGCCGGCACCCCGGGCCGCCGGCGGCCAGAGGAGAGCUCACGUGCACUGUUCUCCGAAGAAAACGAGACCAUACAAUAAACGGCUCUUUUAUUUAUAAAAAAGCCCCGGGAGCAGUCUUCAGGGCUGCAGGAUCCAGUUCUCUCUGCGUCCCGCGGGGAAGUCGGCCUCACGCCCCCCUGCCUGGGCUGGGGCGCCCCUCGGGGCGCUCGAGCACCGCCGCCCGCGCAGCCUCUGCCCUUCCUCUGUGUCCCCGGCUGCCCGAGGUCGCCCGAGGUCGUCACCACGGAGAGCCGAGCACCAGCCCGCCCCCCGCCCGCCCCGGGAAAGUGUGUGGUCAGCUCGGAGAGGGAACUCAGCCUGCCACCUGUGCUGUCCCCUACCCUGCCCCGCGGCCACCUCCUCUGGGAGGAAGGCUCCCGAAGGCCGCUGGGUCGGAGGACGGUACCGGCCCUUUGCUGGGGGCUAGCAGCCCGCGGGGGGCCGAGAAGGGGUCUCAGAUGUGGCGGGGAGGGGCCAGCCUGCGGGAGGGUCGGGGAGGCUGGAGGGAACUGUUGAUAAAUCUUGGCUCUUCCUGCUUCUCCCCUUUUUGCCAAACACCUUUUGGGCCCCCGAAGGCUGCCGAGGGGGCUCAUCUGUGGGGCCCACCUGCUCCUUGGUGCAAGUUCCCUGCCUUGCCUUCCCCCUGCCCUUGGCAGCUGCCCCCUCACCCCAUCCCACCUGGUCUAGCGCAGAUAUCCACAGCUCAGCCCCCAGUCCUGCAUGCUGGAGAUUUCUGGAUCCUUCCCUGGGAGGGGGAGGUCUCCUAACCAGAUUGGACAGGAGCCUUCAUUCCUUGACUUGUGUCAUUUGGGAGCUAUUUAUUUAUUCUUAAUAUUUAAUUUUUAACAUCCUCUCAGGGACCAGGGGCCUCCUGCUUUCCAGAGGCCCAAGUGCAUUUAUCCCAAAACAAGGCAUCUUCUUGGCAUCCACCCCACCCCCCCAUUCCUAACACCCUAAGGUCCCUCACCUUGUUGCUCUGGAAGCUCUUGCCAAUACGAGUGUUAGUAGCCCUGAAAGAGGGUGGAAAGGUGUAAGGUGUCACCAAAGCCACACAAAGACUAGCAGAAGCAAGGAAGGUCAAAGGCAGUUCUCAUUGCUACCUCUUCUCUGGCUGUAUUUUCAAAUUGCUCGAGGGGAUUGGCUGGAAGCCAGAAUUCUAGUUUUCUUUCUGGCUGGAGGAGGCCAUAUUUGGCAUGGAGUCACUGAAGUGAAGGGCUGGAAGGUUCUAGAGGCCCCAUCACUUCCCAUAGGAGGGCCGCGUUAUUUUUCUGAUCUUGUUCUUCAGCGUUAGUUCUGUGAAACGUUCCAAGUGAACGUGAGCAUAGGACAGGUCGGCAGGUUAGGAAGGAGCCAAAAAUCCUGCUAUUCUCCUUACUACCCAAUAGCCUAAAGACAUCCAUGUUCCUAUUUGGGAGCUUGGAGUGGGGAGGGAGUUUUGUUUCUAAACUAUGCACUAACAGGUGUUUUUCAGCAUUCAGUUAUGCAUGAAUACAGUUCUUCAGGACCCCAGCGAUAGGAGUAACAAAAUUCUCCCCGCCAGACUCCAGGACGGCUACCUAGAUCGUCAACUUCCCCAGUUAGUUUCCUCCAAAGGCUUCUUCCAGGACCCAAGUUUGCAAAAAUCUGGUAUGCCCUCCAGAAACAGGAGGGUGGCAAAUUUAAGCUGUCUUCUAAAUCACUUGUGUAAUAAGAGUGCCUUCGCAGCUUCGCCCCAAAGUGCUACUUAUGUUUCCUGAGGUUUUUUCUAUUUAAACAGUAUUUUGUUUCAGGCCCCCCUGUGGACAUGUGGUAAGAGGAACCUCCUUGUUUAGAGAGAUUCUCCUCCUCUACGCUCACAGGAAUCAGACUAGGCAAAUAUUGGUGGAAAAAAUCAAGGUGGUACCUCUGUAUUAAUUCCACCAGACACUGUAUUUUCGAAGGGCUCGUGCUCCAGGAUGGAUUUAGAUCUAGAAUACACGGUGAAAGUUAAAAUGUGUAGAGGGCAAUGCCAUUGUUCCAAGUGACCUGCCAAUAAAGUAGGUGCAGCCAUAGGAGCUGGGAUGGGUAUAUCCUUUAAUGGUGCUUUCUCUCUGUGAACACAGUAGGCUUAUCUUUUUUUUUUUUUCCCUUGUUCUCUUCUAUUCAGAGCUGUUUGCUUUAAGAAGUUAAAUGACAAACACCUCCAGCUUUAUAAUGUCCUCCCCACACCAUCUCACAUAGCCAUCUUCCAGUCUCCAUCUACACUUAGCUAAGGGCAUGAAACUAACCUAGUGCCUGUGUCCCAGACCAUUUCUGAGGUGUCUUACCCACCCAAGGAGACUGUGCUUCAGCGCACUGUCCUCCAUGCCUUCAGCAGCCCCCCUCACAGCUAAGGUACACCCUCAUCCCUUCUGACCCCACCACCACCCCUGGCACAGAGGUCAUGUGCUGCUUAUGUCUAGAGAAUCCCCUAUAUUUAACUGCCUCAGUGACCUAACCUCUUUCUUCUCAUGUGCCAGAUGUUAAGAUGAAGGAGGAAUACAACACAUACUCAAGCCUCAGCUGUUUAAAUAUAUUUUCACUGGGGCUCUCUUUUUUUUCGAACGGUAUUUAUUACCAGACUGGCAAGCCUAACUCCUUAGGUUUACAGGAAGUAUGCACAUUUUUAUAAAACAAUUGUAUGUCCUCCCCAUAUUUCGCUGUGUUAAUGUUUGCCUCUAACAAUUUGCAGCUGUUUCACCUUUUCCUCAUUUGUCUUUAAGUUGAAGGUCUUGUGUGGAGGGGACAGCACAGGAACAGCCUUGACAGUCUGUAAUUAUUGUACAAAUAUUUUAAUAGCAUAUAAAUAAGUAUAUUCCUUUUAUUUUGGAAAAAAAAAACAUGAUCAGACACUGCCUUUUGUGUGUUUGCUGCCUGUGGCACCCUUUUUUAAAAAGACUGUUACAUAUUAAAAUAGUGUAUAUAUAUAUAUAUAUAUAUAAAUAUUACCUCUUUUGCUGUACAGUUGUGAUAGACCAGACUGAAGAUUUUAUUUUUUGUGUGCUUUUUAUAAAAAA